AUCCAAUGACUGAGAGGGAGGGAGGGAGGAAAACCAAAGGAUAGAGACUCACCAACAGCUUAGAAAAAUACAACAGAUUGUCCGUGCUGGACUAUUAGCAGCAAAAAUGGAGAAUUAAUUAUCUCUGUGGAAGUUGUGGAAGUGGCCAUGCUUGUUCCAUCGAAAGAAGGAUGGAGACAGAGAAUUCCAUGGCAGUUGAAGCCCAUCCAGUAGCCUAUGGAUACAGAGAUGCUGUGUUUCUUGCAGGAAGAAUAACCGUGAUUUUGGGAUCUGUAGUGUUCAAGGACUGCCCCAUCUUCAAAUCUUUGCCUCUUUGGGCUUUCCUGCUUGAGAGUCAUUAGGACAAGAAGCUCCACCAAUGGAUGGCCGGCCCAUUACUUUAAAAAAUACCCACAAAGUGAAGCCCAGAGGUCAACCCAAUUUUCCGGCACAGAGUUAUGAACAUGAGCCCUUUGUUUCCUGCCUGGCUGGGCUCUACAGCGGUCGAUGGCAGCGGUACCAGCGGAACAGGGUGAAGCCGGGGAAAUGCUGCUGCGACAUGAUAGAGGGCAUUUUUUUUAUGCUGCUGACCUCCACAUUCUUCUUGUGGUUGAUCUUUACAUACCUCUGGAGUCAAGCACAGAAUGACUACUACGCCUUUAACGAAUACAGCUUUGACAACAUGGGUUUCUGGUUUCAAUGGUCCAUUUUCCUCCUAGCACUAUGUUCGGUCAUUGUCUCCUACAUUUCUUUCUUAAUGGUCCUAGCGGUGUGCCUGCUGACAAACAGUCAACAGCUGUAUCUGCACUGGAUUCAUAAGAUGGGGACGUUGUCCUUCCUCGGUGUUGCCAUUACUGCCUUUAUCAUGAUACGAACUUUGUGGCAUGAGCAAUGGACCACAGUCUACCUGUCCUUUAAGGUCUCAGCUCCUUUUUUCCACUUUUUUUCCAUCCUCCUCAUGAUCUUCCUAGCUUGGCCGGUGGGAAAGCACUUCUUUCAGAUUAAAAAAAAAGUUUUGCAGUGGCUUCUCUUAGCGCCAUACCUGGCCAUCCUCCUCUUCCUCUUCUUCAUCCCUUUGGGGAUGCACUCCCCCUGCAUCCGUGAGGAGGGAACAUUGGGUCCCAAGCCAAAACUAAUCGGACACAGAGGAGCUCCAAUGAUGGCACCCGAGAAUACAAUAAUGUCAUUUCGUAAAAGCAUAGAGUAUGGUGCUGUUGCUUUGGAGACAGAUGUCAGAAUUAGCUACGACGGUGUUCCAUUCCUUAUGCACGAUAGGACUUUAAAAAGGACCACCAACGUUGAUGCCAUGGCUCCUGAGGUGGCGGACAUAGAUUCCUCCAUGAUGAAUUGGUCACGGCUGGAGAAGCUAAAUGCCGGGGAUUGGUUCUUUGAGAAAAGGCCAUUUUUAUCCAUGCCCAGACUCUCUCCUGAGGAUGAAAAAUUGGCGAGGAGACAGAAUAUUUCCAAGUUCAGCGAUUUCCUGAACUUUGCUGACCAGGAGAAUAAAUUUGUCCUAUUUGAUCUUUACCGACCUCCAAAAGCUCACCCGUACUGGGAUAAAUAUAUUGAUAUCGCCUUAGAAGCAAUUCUACACAAAUCAAAGAUUAGACACAAUUUGGUUAUGUGGUUGACGGAGCGUAACAGAUCUUACGUUCAGUCUGUAGCUCCCGGCUUCCAACAGUCCUCACCUGUACUACGCUCUGUGGAGGAGCUCCAGAGCAGAAAAAUCAAUCACCUCAACUUGAACUAUCGAGAAUUAAGUAGGAUAAAUAUUCGGGAAUAUAAAAAAGCCAACAUCACAAUCAACCUUUGGGUAAUCAAUGAGCCGUGGCUGUUCUCCUUGGCCUGGUGCUAUGGAGUCCAUUCUGUAACCACCAAUGGUCUUCACUACAUAAAGGACUUGAACGAACCUUUAUAUCUCAUGACACCGCAAAACUUCAUGAGAAUGUGGAUUGUAACAGAUGCGUUUGCUGUUGUCCUCAUUGGUCUCUUAUUUGGCAUACACUGGUGGAGAGAGGUGGGCGCCUACUGCUGUGAAGUUGAGAGCGAGGAGUCCCUUGAGGAAGGCAUAUACAACAAAUUUGGAACAAGACUUAGCAUAUUGCCUCCUGUAGCCGAAGAUCCAGAGGCAUUGUUUGUGGAAUAGAGAGUUGAGGCAGAAGAAUUUUUCCUAUCUAUGAGCUUGCCCUCAAGGACAUGGGCAAUUUGGAUGGAGAUCGCACUGACCAGAGAGUCUUGGAUGCUGCUUGGAUUUUCAUGGACACCGAGUCAAGGUUCAUGGCCUGGAUUUUCAUGUCUGGAAGCUCAAAGAACACAUCUUCCAUCUUUCUUGCCCUGGAGACUUUUAAUAUUUUAGAAGAAGAGAAAGCUGGCAGAUUUUAUCUGGAUAUUCCCCAUCCUUGUGCAGCAUUGAGAGUUACCCUGGUCUUGGAAUCAUUUGGGGAGAAAAAAGUCCAUUCCCUUUCUAGCCUUUCAGUCUUGCCAGUGAAAGAUUUUGUGAAAUUGUAGUUACUUCUGCCAAUAGCUUCAUGUUCAAUCUAAGACUCCAUAAGACAUUGGCUCUUCCUGCUUGCAGAUGCCUCAAGGGGAAGCCUGCAGUGAUUUACUGGAAAAGAGGCCUAUAGAUGAUGUUUUUCUACGUUUGGAACAUCCUUUGCAAUGUCAUUUUUUUUAAAAAAAAACGUAGUAUUUAAAUUUGUAUAUAGAACAUUUGAUUUUUAACAUGUGUGUGGGGGUAAAUAAACUCUGUCCAUGGAAGAA